UAAGCACAGAUGGUAUAGCACAAUGAAAUUAGUCCUUAUUACAAAUAAGUGAGCUAUUAAAUAAUAGUAAACAGAUUUGUUUCUUUUUGAAAGUCUCUGUUGAAGAAGAAGGAUACUAAGGAGAGGUCUUCCUGAAGUCAACAUAUUGAUUUACUGCAUAUCCUAUAACCGCACAAACCCAUAAAUUCAAAUCACGAGAAUGGAAGUUGUUGGCACAUCCAGACAGGGAAUGAGUAGCGGAAAUGGCGAUGCUUCAAUUGAUAUGGAGAGACUAGUGAAAUCUAUUAGGGAGAAGUUAGAUAAAUUGUCUAGUCCGCCCCCUGAAUGUUGUGUAUAUAAAGUUCCCAAGAAACUUAAAAAAAUCAAUGAAGAGGCCUAUACUCCUCUCCGAGUCUCAAUUGGGCCGCUUCACCAUGGUAAAGAAGGCCUAGAAGACAUGGAAGAGCACAAGUUGAGGUACUUCAAUGAUUUUAUGCGGCGAAGUGGAAAGAGUUUGGAGGAAUUAGUCAAGAUUAUGGAGGAAAUGGAAAAAGAAAUUCGCGAUUGUUAUGUAGAAACAAUCAACCUCGAAAGCGAAACUUUUUUGGAAAUUAUUCUUGUGGAUGCUGCCUUCAUCAUUGAAGUCCUAUUAAGGUACUGGUUUCCUCGUCUAAUAACUCCAAAUGAUCGUACAUUUAGGAAACCAUGGAUGAUUAAUGAUAUAAAGCAUGACUUAUUACUGCUUGAAAAUCAACUUCCAUUUUUUGUUCUCCAGUAUCUUUUUGAAAUGACCAACAUAAACUUGGGCAUUAACGACUAUGAGACCAUGUCCGACUCCUUCAUUAGUCUCACCCUUAAUUGGCUUGAGUCUGUAAGUAUCAUACAAGAACUUCCAGUCCUAGAGAAUGUUAAUCCUUCAACAGUAAGACAUUUUCUUGAUUUGCUAAGAAGUUGUCUCAUACCAAUGAAAGAUUCGCAAGCUUCAGUUCCAGAGGAGAUCAGACCUUCAAAAGUAAAACAAUUCAUUGAUUUCCUAAGAUGUUUCAUGCCAAGGCAAAGUUUGCAACAGACUGAAACGAAAUUUAAGAUACCAAGUGCAACAGCGCUUAAGAUACCAAGUGCAACAGAGCUUCAUGAGGCUGGAGUGAAGUUUGAAGUAAGUUCAAGCAAAAACUUAUUUGACAUAAAAUUCAGAGGCAACAUUUUGGAAAUCCCACAUACACGAAUAGUUGAUGUGACAGAAAGUUUGCUACGGAACAUUAUUGCCUACGAGGAAUAUCAUUGUGAUGCUCAGUUUUUUGGUGAUUAUACCAUGAUUAUGGAUUACCUCAUCAACACUAACGAAGAUGUCAACUUACUUGUGCGAGCCCAAAUUAUACAACAAUGAUGUGUCAAAUCUCUUUAAGGGGCUUAGCAAAGAAGUUACCACCAGUAAUAUAUUUUAUUUUACUGAACUUCAUAGAGACUUAAACAACUACUGCGAAAGUCCUAGCAACAAGCGGAAGGUAACCUUCUACAAGUGGAAGGCAACCUUGAGGCAGGACUAUUGCAAUACUCCCUGGCGGGUCUUAUCUAUUAUUGUGGCUGUUAUUCUCCUUGGACUCACCUUCAUACAAUCACUAUGUUCUCUAGUAUCUUGCAAUAAGUGAUAGAUGGGUAGUUAUGAUUGUUAUGUACUUGCAAUGUGUUGUAUCUUUUUUUCUUUUCUUUUCAUUU